CCGCGUCUCUCGUUUUGUCACCAACCAACAUUUCCAGUUAAUCUGUCCGAAUCCAGACUCUCUAUCUAGGAACGAGUGAAAACCAAGCGACCGCCUUCUCCAUCCACCAAGCGAAUUCAGCCGCGGUCAACCGCAUCCGCGCGCCCACCAUGUCAGGCAUCAUUGAAAACAUCAAGGAAGCCCUCAACCCCAAAGAGCGCGAACAGGCCACGGUGCCAGACUACGACCCUCACACGCGCGGUCCUUAUCCCGAUAACCAAGCCUCCACCGUUGUCAAUUCAGCGACCGAGAACAAGCAGUCACAAGUCUCUCCUCCAUCAGGCGACGUCCCCGACGCAAAAGCGGCGACAUCAACACAGGAGUCGCAAAAAAUCGCAUCCGGGUUGAUUCAGACCGGGAUGGACGACCGAAGCACGGUCUGAGUGAUGUUGGGCCUGUUGCUGCGAGACCAGCAAAGAGAGAUUGAACCUCGAAGCGAUGCGACAAGAGACAACAGUUGGAAAAAAAUAUCGAGUUUGGGCAACGGCUGGGGGAACGAAGAGUACGAAACGAAGCAAUUCUGUCCAUCAAGAGGGAGCAAAAUGUCUGCGUCUCGGAAGAUUGGAGAUCGUGACGAGAGGUGAGGAAUAUCGAACUAUCGGACGUCUGCUGAGAACCAGGGAGGCGGGUCGUUGGCACAGAUGUUGUGAUCAUCUCAAGAGUUCUAGAGACAUCCUCAGCCGUAGACCUCGCAGGCAGUAUGCAUCAUACAUCGCCUGGCAUCUGUAGAGACAAUGCACUGCAACCUCAACGUCUUGAACGAGGAGUCUCCAUCACAAAUUAUGAUCUAGAAGUAUGAUCUUGAACAGUGUUUCCCCAUGG